AUGCCUGACAAGCGCAAGGAACCUUCUUCAGAAUCGAGCAGCCCUCCAUAUCCCAAAAGGCCCCGUCCUACAGACUCCAACGAUGAUGAGGAAUCAUACCCUCCAACCCCCAAAACACCAACCACAGCACGCCUUCAGCCCAAAAAUGACCCCGUCUAUGGGCAGAAACAUGCAUUCCCGGGACUGGACGAUCUUGGAGAUGAGGAACAAUUGUGCUACGGCCCUCCAGAGGAUGGAAUCGAGUAUCUGCCGAUAUUCGUCUCCAACACCGUCCGUCAAGACAAGGAUAAUUCGAGAACCCUUGAAGCUCAAGGAAAUAAAACUAACGAUGACGACACCAUGGCCAAGGAAGUAGAGAGCGGCCAGACUGGCUUUUACUCGGAUGGAGUCUAUGUCGCAUACUCCUCCCAAAACCCCCAAGCCGAAGCAUCCCACACAAGCGCUCCUGAUGCGCAAGAGAUAUACUACAACCUACUCCAUCACCGCUUCCUUCUUCUUCGAUCAACCCUAAAAUGCACACCACCAGCAUCCGUGAUUGCUUCUCUAGGCGCGGAACAGCCCAUCUCUCUCCCCCGAUCCAACAAGUAUGCCAGGGCUGAAUGGGAGAAAAUAAUACAGACAAUGGACCCUCGCAUGGCGCAGUUGGCAUGCAUGGAUAUGGAAAGUGUGCUGGGGCUUCUUGCCAUUGUUGCACGCUUGUUAUCUAAGACGGUUAGGGGAAAUGACAGGGCGCAGGUGAAGAGACUAGGUGCAUGGGCAUGGGGGCUCUUGGGCCGUUGUCGAACUGUGGGGGAAAUGGGAAGUGAGGAAGUGGGGGAUAUAAGGGAGUUGGGGAAGAGGGCGGCUAGGAUUUUGGUGAAGAUUCGGGAAAGUGAGGUUGUGGAGGCUCAGGGUCUGGAGGGCGAAUUUGAUAUGGAGGGUGGGGAGGGAGGAGAAGGAGAGGUCGAAGAAAACCAAGAGGAGCAAGAGGAGCAAGGAGUUGGUACUGGGGAGAAUAUUAACAGGAAUGGGAAUGGGGAUGAUGGCCAAGUGGAUGAACUGGAUAUUACGAAUGAUGCUGCCAGUGCAGAUGGGAUAUUAGGACAUGAGGAAGCAAACGGAGACAUUAUCUCGUCAUCUAACGGCGUGGACACUCAGGACGAACUCGAAGCAGCCAAAGCACGUCUCCAAGCAAGACUGCAAGUCCAGCAUACGAGUGAUAAACUAGAGCCCGGGGAAAGUGAGAUCGAGAGAGAGGAGAAUAACGAUGAAGAAGGCGGAGAAGGCAAGGUGGAUGAUGAUUACAAAUCUAGAAAUGCGCAGCAAUAUACCCGCGCCAUGCUCGAUAUGAUAAUUAGUGUUAUUGGAGAAUUCUACGGACAGAGAGACCUGCUUGAGUUUCGCGAUAUAUGGGAGGAAGAUAUAGGUCUUGCUUGGUAG